AUGUCAUCGAAGAAUUUAAAACCUAUAGGUGGGUUGUGUUGUGCUGUUGCGAAUUGCAAACAACAUUCUGGCAAUGCAAUACAAUAUGGAUAUAACAUAUCAUUUCACAGGUUUCCUGAAGACUUACAACUACAACAAAUUUGGGCUCAGAAAUGUAAAAGAAAUGAUGAAUGGAAUCCCAAAACAUCCUGUAUUUGUUCUAUGCAUUUUACUCCACAUAGUUUUGCCCAUGAUCUGAAAGCCGAACUUUAUGGGUAUGUUCCUAGUUUUCGUAACUUAAAGGAGAACGCUGUUCCAACAUUAAAUUUACCAACAGAUUCAGAGGUCUCAAAAUCGUCCACUAAUUGUAAGGGUGGUAUAGAUGCUAAAACGGCCAAACGGAUUUGUGAUGUUCUCAGGAAAUCAUUUCCAUCAAGUGAUUCUUCAGCACCUUUAUAUUUAUUACCACAAUCAACACCAUCCACUUCAAUGUGCAACAAAGAUACAUUUUUACACCUAGACAUGUCUUAUACUACUGAUUAUGAAAAGCUAUAUAAAGAUCUUGUCAAGCAAUGCCAUAUUUUAAAAACUGAAAACCAAAAACUACUGGAGAAGACAGAAAAAAAAAAUAUACGAGAACGCUGGUCCAGAGAUGAAGUAGCCAAAUCCUUUGAUCUAAUGUACUACAGUAAGAGAGCAUAUAUGUACGUGAGAGAUGAGCUGCAUUAUCCUCUCCCUGGACUUUUAUCUUUUCAGCGGUGGGCUAAAACAAUAGAUAUGAGAAAUGGUCUUAUAAGUGAUGUAAUGAAAAUAAUGAAACUGAAUAGUGAUAAUAUUGAAGACCACGAAAAACUCACCGUGCUCAUGUUUGAUGAAAUAAAAAUCUGUAGUACAAUGGAAUAUGAUUUACUUCAUGAUGAAAUAGUAGGGCCACAUAGCAAGAUGCUGGUAGUCAUGGCUCAAGGGAUUGCAUCAAAAUGGAAGCAACCAAUUUUUGUGGAUUUUGAUGUAAAAAUGUCUAAAGUUAUUUUAUUUGAUAUUAUUGAUAAACUGGAGAAAAUAGGUUAUAAAGUUAUAUGUUGUGUUACCAAUUGUGGUGAUGCAAACGUUAAAUUGUGGAAUCAAUUAGAAAUAACAUAUGAGAACCCUACCUUCUGCAUUCCUAACGGACGAAAAAUAGUAUUUAUUCCGGAUUCGCAUCACUUACUGAAUCUUGCACGGAACUGGUUAUUAGACACAGGUUUUUGUUUAAAUGGAGCAGAUAUAAACAAAGAACCUUUAGAAGCACUUAUAACCAAGAUAUCAUCUGAAGUAAGUCCAUGUCAUAAAUUAAAAAGAGAACAUCUGAAAUGCGAAGUACCUCUACAGCAAAAUAUUAAACUAGCCAAACAACUUCUAUCAUAUUCUACAGCUACAGCGCUUCAGCAUUACAGUCCAAUCGAGGAUUUUGAAUUAUUAAAUAAUACUGCAGAAUUCAUAAAGCAAAUUAAUAACUGGUUUGACUUAGCUAGUGUUUCUCAUGCAAACAACAACAGUAGUCCAUUUAAAUCACCUUAUGGAACAUUUUUAUAUCAACAAGACAGACUUUUGAAUGAAAUGUACAAUACUAUUAUUUUUAUGAGAUGUAUAGGAAAAAACAGUCUACAAAUUUUUCAAAAAGGUUUUCUUAUGCACAUAAAUGGAACUAAACAGAUUCUACAAAUUUUAAAAGAAAAUGGCUUGAAUUAUUUGUUGACUAGUAAAAUUAAUAAGGAUGCUCUACAAAAUCUUUUUGAUCAGAUUUAUUCUGGAGGAGACCACCCAUCACCGUUGAAUGCUCUGUCCAGAUUGAGAAUGAUUUUUUUAGGAAAAUAUCCAGGCAUUGUUUCUAAUAAAUCAAAUACAAACGAUAAUAACCAUGAAGAAUUUAUAGUUGCUCAGUCAUUAAAAUUAGCCAACAUAAGUUUAGAUGAUGAAGAUGAAGUAGAUGAUGAACACAGUGAAGGAAGUGACACAGAUACGACAAGCGAGGAUGAAUUUCAAAUAAGAAAUGAAGAUAAAAAUAAAAAUGAGAUGGAAGUUGAAGCAAUUGAGUAUUUAGCAGGUUGGGUGGCUCUAAAAUAUAAGUCCACAAUUCCUGAAAUUGGGUAUAAAUCAAAAAAUUUAACAUGUCAGAAAUACAUAAUGCCGUCUUGGAUUAACCACUUGUCAUAUGGUAAAUUAAUUAUUCCAAGUGAUGAAUUAAAAAAAAUUAUUUUCCGAGUUGAACGGUUAUUUAAUAAAUUUACAAAAUACCAAGUUCCCAAAGGUUCAAAUGUGGUUGCUAAAUUAACAAACAAAAUAUUCUCAAGAAUGUCAGUUGAAAAAAAAUUUAAACCUGUAAUUGAAACUUAUAUCAAACAAAGAAUUAUUAUACGAAUGAAAUAUUCAAACUACCACAUUCAGUUAUUAAAACAAAAAAAGAAAUCCAAAAACUAA